AGUAAUUAUAUUAUGCCCUAGCACACCAUAUGAGUUUAUUGGUGUCAACAAUUUUUGAUAUUUUUUAAACGGUCAAUCGACCUGUAGUGAUCACUAAAGUUCGAUUUUCUGAAACAUGCCAUUUAGUUUCGUUCUCUUGGCCUAAAUCGGAGCAUUUAUAUAUUUGGUUUAUUUAGAGACACUAUAACUGUUCCUUUCUUCUUCUCCUUUUUUCAUUGAACCUAAACUUCUUAUCGACAUGGAACAAGCCGCAUUUGCUGAGCAUAUUCUUAAAAAUAUUCGGGCUGAACUGGACCUCCUUAAAAGAUACAAUUAUAUACAACCUCAAUCAUACAAUGAUAUCUUGAAAUUGUUACCCAAUGGUGUUGACAGUAAGGCUAACGGCAUGCCAUCUUCUUCACCUUACCCGAGAAAUAAUACUUCUGCAGGCGUAAUGCCGGUGCCUUCUUCUGAUACCAAAGACGGUGGCGAUACUGCUCCUCCUUCUUACCAAUCAGCAGCCAAAGAGCUUGGCAGCGUUGAAGCUCUAUACGACUACAAAGGAUCUGAUCCCAAUACUGACCUAACCUUUUGUCGUGGUGAUAUUAUUCAGCUGCAGGAGAUGGUUAAUGAUGAUUGGUGGAAGGGUACCUUAUACGGCAGAACGGGCAUAUUUCCCCGUAAUUAUGUCAAACGCAUAGAGGGCCAUUCUUCGGAAAAGAAGUCUCCAGCUCCACCACCCACUCCUGCUCGAAAUAAUAGCAAAGGAAAUUACCCAUCGCCACCAUCUAACCAAUAUCACAGUCCUUACCCUCCUCCAGCUCAGUCGCCACCCUAUGCUGCUCCUCCUCCAUCUGCUCAAUUUUCUACCUAUGCCCCUCCUCCACCUCAACAACAAAUGUCCUACGCUCCUCCUCCACCUCAACAACAGAUGACCUACGCUCCUCCUCCAGUACAGCAUGUCAUGGCUAGCGGUCCUUCUUCUGCUCCUGCAGUUGCUACUGAACAGCAUGAAGAAAACAAAGUCUCUAGCUUUGGUAAAAAGCUUGCCGGAAAUGUAGCUAACGCUGCCACAUGGGGUUUUGGUGCUACCAUUGGUAGUGAUAUUGCUAAUUCUAUCUUCUAAACUACUGGCUUCUUCAAACGUGUUAGAGGUAUGCAAGUAACAAAAUUGUUUUUGUUAAUUGAGAGUUUGAAGUAUUUUUCUCGCGGAACGUUUUUCCGGAAAAAUGGUUAAUAUUCACCCGAAUAAAAGUUUAAACGCAUGCAUCGCGUUGAAGAUUAACCGCCACAAUAUGGAGCUAUUUAUAACAUCAAAUGGAUCUUAUCUAAAGGAUUAGACUGGGUUUAAUUUGUCACCAUACCACCUCUUUUAAACCUUUAGUUACUUUUUGGAACAUAUUGUGCGCCUGCGUGAUCCCACUAAGCCUAAGGUAUCUUAUAAAGCUUCACAUCAUUACAACUCAGGCCUACAAGCAUCGCAGUUUUCCAAGGCAUACCAAAUACCACCUGAAGGAAACAAUGUAUGCUUUUCACUUGAAAAUUUUGAUAAAGCAUAGACCUCUGCAGUUUGAGAAUACAUAUACUUUAA